AUGGCGAUUUUGUUAAACGUAUCGAGAUGGGUGAAGUUUGUACAGGAAAAGGAAAAAAACCAAGAAAUGAGUUUAGUCCGAGCUGGUGACACUCGUUGGGGUUCGCAUCUUAAAACUAUACAUCGACUUUUAGACUUGUGGAAACCAGUGAAAGAAGUACUUAUUGCUUUGUCUAGAGAGGGUUCACAUAGAAAAACUAAGGGAACUGCGCUUAGUAUGGCUGAGAAAAUGGAAAACUUUGAAUUUGUUUUUAUUGCUCAUUUAAUGUUGAAUUUAUUAAGAAAGACAAAUGACUUGUCACAAGCCCUACAGCUAAAGAAUCAAAAUAUUUGUAGCGUUGUUCGAUUGAUUGAAGAUACGAAAUAUGAUAUAAAUAAAUAUAGGGACGAUGGAUGGGAGGAGUUAAUAAAAGAAGUCACUAUAUUUUGUGCUCAAAAUGAAAUUCAUAUGCCUAAUAUGGAAGACGUCAUUCCAGGACGAGUUGUUGAUCUUCUUCUUAAUGAAAUGAAUGAGCGUUUUACUAAGUCUAACUCGGAGUUGCUUACGUGUAUUGCCUGCCUUGAUCCUAGAGAUUCAUUUCAAUCUUUUGACCGUGAGAAGUUAUUACGGCUUGCCGAGUUAUAUUCAGAAGAUUUUACUCAAUUUGAUCUUGGUCAACUAAAGAUACAACUAGAUCGGUAUAUUUCAAAUAUAAGAAGUAAUGAAGCCUUUUCUGGUCUUCAAGAUAUUGGACAACUUGCAAAGAAAAUGGUCCACAUGAAGUAUCAUAUUACUUAUGCACUCGUCUAUCGACUACUUGAGUUGGCAUUGGUCUUGCCUGUUGCAACCGCUACUGUCGAAAGAUCUUUUUCCGCAAUGAAGUUUAUCAAGACGGAUUUACGCAAUAAGAUGGGUGAUAUGUUUCUCACAGAUGCAUUGGUGUGCUAUGUCGAGAAAGAUAUUUUUGAUACUGUUGAAAUUGAAGCAAUUUUGCAAAGGUUUCAAAAUAUGGGACCCCGUAGAUUACAAUUACCAGCUGUUAAAAAAAAAUAA